GCAACGCAGAAUGGCAGAAUAGGUAUCACAUUGAUCUCCCACUGGUUUGUUCCCCUCUCUGAUUCAAAGCCCGACAAGGAUGCAGCCAACAGGGCCUUGGAUUUCAUGCUUGGAUGGUUCAUGGACCCCGUAACUCGAGGAGAUUAUCCAUUGAGUAUGAGGACCUUGGUAAGAAAGCGUUUGCCCAAAUUUACCGAACAGCAGUCCAGAAUGCUUAAUGGAUCAUUUGAUUUUAUUGGAAUUAAUUACUACACCACGCGGUAUGUUUCUGAACUUACCAUAUCCAAGAAUGUUAGCACAAGCUAUGAUACUGAUAUGCAGGCUCAGGUGACAGAGAUGCGUAAUGGAAUUCAAAUAGGUCCUAAGGCUGCUUCGGACUGGCUGUACAUCUAUCCACAAGGAAUAGGAGAACUUUUACUCCACGUAAAGACCAAAUACAACAACCCAAUUAUCUACAUCACGGAAAAUGGUGUAGACGAGUGCAACAACAAGAGCGCAUCGCUUGAAGAAGCCUUGAAGGAUGACACCAGAAUAAACUUCCAUAGCAAGCAUCUUUUAAAUGUUCUAAGAGCCAUCAG